AUGGCGUUCUCCGCCUUGUCCUGCUUCAUCACCUCGGAGACCGAUGGAGUCAGCAGCGGCCGCCUCCCGCUCCAUAAAUAUCCCAACGCAGCAGAAAAACGCCUUCAGUCCCUGCGUUCUAAUUAUUUCCCGGGCGCAAGGCCAGAGGUGACUGGGACGCCAGUGAAUCGGAUCCCCAUCAUGGCCAAGCAAGUCCUGGACCUGUACACGCUCUACAGACUGGUGACCGAGAAGGGUGGCUUGGUGGAAGUCAUUAAUAAGAAGAUAUGGAGGGAGAUCACCAAAGGCCUGAGCCUUCCGACGUCCAUCACCAGCGCCGCUUUCACCCUGAGAACCCAAUACAUGAAGUACCUGUACCCCUAUGAAUGUGAGAAGAGAGGGCUCAGCUCACCCGGAGAGCUGCAAGCCGCCAUCGACAGCAACCGGCGGGAGGGCCGCAGGCAGAGCUUCGGAUCUGGACUCUUCAGCUACUCACCCGUUGGGACCCCCAACAUCCUCACCUCUCCGAAGAUCAACAUGUCUGCCCUCUCCGUCUCAACACACAAUGGGGGGCAGAUCGGCCAGAUGCCAUCCAUAAAGAAAGAAGACGUCAUGCACCAGACAGGAACCCCCCACCGAGUCGGAAUCCCCGUCAGCCUGGCGGGUCACCAUGCAGCCGCCGUCCAAGCUAUGCAAGCAGCCGCCCUGGAACAGCUGCGGGAAAAGCUGGAGUCCGGAGAACCCCCGGAGAAAAAGAUGGCCAUGAUGGCGGAGGAGCAGCAGAGACUAAUGCAGCACGCCCUGCAACACAACCUCCUGGCCAUGGCGGCCCAGCUACCCAUGAACGUCAAGAUCAACAGCCGAGAUGACAGACAAGAGAUGGCGAUGAACCUGUCUGCCUCCAGCAUCAGCAGCAUCAACAUGUCAAUAGAAAUAAAUGGAGUCGUCUACGCAGGUGUGCUAUUUGCGCGCAGGGCCGGGGCUCCACCAGGGUCCAGCACAAGCUCGAGCAACAACGGCCGCUCCAGUCCGACGACAGCACAGCAGAUGCCCCCGCUCUCCUCCUCGUCACAAGGACACACUCCGCCUAGUUCUUCCCCGUGAGUCUCCACAA